CAACCUCCUUUUCCUCUGUUUUAGACACACAUUCCGCGUCAAUUCAGUCAUCUCGCUCCGGCCAAGCCUCUGCUCCCGAACCAGCUCGUCUUCCCGGCCAUGGAAAACCUGAUCUCGUUGGUGAACAAGAUACAGAGAGCCUGCACCGCCCUCGGCGAUCACGGCGAAGAAAGCGCCUUGCCUACUCUCUGGGACGCAUUGCCAUCCAUCGCUGUCGUCGGAGGCCAGAGCUCUGGCAAGUCUUCGGUCUUGGAGAGUGUUGUUGGGAAGGAUUUUUUGCCUCGUGGAUCUGGGAUUGUUACUCGGCGUCCUCUUGUCUUGCAACUUCAUAGGACUGAUGAAGGAGGAGAAUAUGCAGAGUUUAUGCACCUCCCAAGGAAAAGGUUCACUGAUUUUGCUGCUGUGAGGAAGGAGAUCUCGGAUGAGACCGAUCGCGAGACUGGUCGCAGCAGCAAGCAAAUUUCUAGCGUUCCAAUCCAUCUCAGUAUCUACUCUCCAAAUGUUGUGAACUUGACAUUGAUUGAUCUUCCUGGACUUACGAAAGUAGCUGUUGAGGGUCAACCGGAUAGCAUUGUACAGGACAUCGAGAAUAUGGUUCGGUCAUUCAUUGAGAAGCCCAACUGUAUUAUUCUUGCAAUUUCCCCUGCCAACCAGGAUCUUGCCACAUCUGAUGCAAUUAAAAUCUCCCGCGAAGUAGACCCCAGAGGGGAGAGGACGUUUGGAGUUUUGACAAAGAUUGACCUUAUGGACAAGGGUACUAAUGCGGUUGAUAUCUUGGAAGGAAAAUCAUAUAAGCUUCAGUUUCCUUGGAUUGGUGUUGUUAAUCGCUCCCAAGCUGAUAUCAACAAGAGUGUUGAUAUGAUUGCUGCUCGACGUAGAGAGCGCGAGUAUUUUGCUAAUACCCCCGAGUACAAGCAUCUUGCUCAUCGGAUGGGUUCUGAGCAUUUAGGAAAGAUGCUUUCUAAGCAUUUAGAAACUGUGAUUAAGUCUCGAAUUCCAAGCCUUCAGUCUCUUAUUAGCAAGACUAUUGCGGAGCUGGAGUCAGAAUUGAGCCGUCUUGGGAGGCCCGUUGCUACUGAUGCCGGGGGAAAGCUAUACAUGAUUUUGGAAAUCUGUCGUACUUUUGAUCAGAUAUUUAAAGAGCACCUUGAUGGCGUGCGGCCCGGGGGUGAUAAAAUCUACGGUGUUUUUGAUAAUCAAUUUCCAGCUGCUUUGAAGAGGUUGCAGUUGGACAAACAUCUUUCAAUGGAUAAUGUACGAAAGAUAAUUACCGAAGCAGAUGGAUAUCAACCUCAUCUAAUUGCUCCCGAACAAGGAUACCGGCGUCUGGUUGAAUCUUCCAUAAUAUGCAUCAGAGGUCCUGCUGAGGCAGCUGUUGAUGCGGUACAUGGUAUAUUAAAGGAACUGAUUCACAAGUCUCUUGGUGAGACCAUGGAACUAAAGCAGUAUCCCAGUUUGAGAGUGGAAGUUGGGAAUGCAGCUAUUGAAUCAUUGGACAGGUUGAGACAAGAAAGCAAGAAAGCAACUCUUCAGUUGGUCGAUAUGGAGUGUGGCUACCUGACUGUUGAGUUCUUCCGUAAGCUUCCUCAAGAUAUUGAAAAGGGUGGAAAUCCAACACACUCAAUUUUCGAUAGAUACAAUGACGCAUAUCUCCGUCGUGUUGGAAGUGUUGUAUUAUCCUAUGUCAACAUGGCUUGUGCAAGUUUAAGGAAUGCCAUACCAAAGUCAAUUGUCUAUUGCCAAGUACGGGAGGCCAAACGUAGUUUACUCGAUUACUUUUUCGCAGAGUUGGGUAAAAAAGAGACCAAACAAUUGGCUUCACUAUUGGAUGAAGAUCCCGCAGUUAUGCAGCGUCGUACAUCCCUUGCAAAGAGGCUGGAGUUAUAUCGAAGUGCGCAGGCAGAGAUUGAUGCGGUGGCUUGGUCCAAGUAAAAGAAUAUAAUUAAAUCAAUUUCCCGUUGAAAUUUGGUUAUAGGAUAGCUAUCAUUCUUUAAUUCAUGGUUUACCAAUUCCUUAGACACUAAUGCGAGAAGAGAUGCAGUGUGAUAGCUCAUGUCCCACGGUUUCUUAGGCUGGUUAGCUUAAAUGUUACUGUUUCAACGAUCUCCGAUUAUAUUCUUUACUAUUCAUUUCAUAAUGAUGAUAAUGCCACGCUCCAACUAGGUGAAAACUUGCUCCCUCAUUCAUAAAAAAGAUUGGAGUAGAGCCUUUGAGAAUGUUUUACCACCGGUAAUCUAGUGGGGGCAGUAAAGCUAUUUGGUUUUCUCGAAAAAGUAUUGGGUUUGAGUCAGUUCUAUCAUGAUGUACAAGGUAGAUGGACAAUCCACUUCGCAAGGUAAGCAUAUGCAAUGCAGACGUGCACCCGCAACACCCCUUUGCCCGGAUUAUCUGGGUGGAACUUGUGUUUUAGCAUUAUUAACAAGAUACCAAUGCUAAUUAGCAUUUAUUCUACGAGAUGAUCUUCGAUGAGUUAACUAAUUAAUGAAGAGCGAGUAUGGUAGCACCAGGAAUGAAGACGAGGAGAAAACCGUUGAUUUCUAAUGAAUGACUUGCUUCUAAUAUCCGCUAUGGCAGUGGGUCAUAUUCUUGAAUGAUUGUUUUUUUUUUUGUUCACCAAACAUACAACCGUGUCAAGCAUUAUUAGAAAAGUGAUGCUAUAAUUGCAAAACCAAUGCUAAAAUUGGCCACGGCGUUUGACGGUAGAAGUACAAUG